AUGCACUUUAAUAUGCAUGUCAAUGAAUUAUAAUAAUGUUAGUUGAGGAAUGGCUUAGUCUAUAAAAAUGGCAGCCACUAUGAAAGGGACUGUGUCAGUCGAAGAUGUUAAUGUGACCUUUGAAGAUCAGCAGAAGAUAAACAAGUUUGCAAGAAACACAAAUCGGAUGUCUGAACUUAAAGAUGAAAUAGAAGCAAAAAAGAAAUCUUUGCAGAACUUGGAGGAUGCUAGUGAUGACAUCAUGAUGUUAGAUGAUGAGGAUUCAAUAGCUAUCCCCUAUCAGAUUGGAGAUGUCUUUAUUAGCCAUUCCCAAGAGGAGACACAAGACAUGUUAGAAGGUGCAAAGGAAUCGCUAAAAGACGAGAUCAAAGUUUACGAGGGCAGAGUCGCAGCCAUACUGCAAGUGUUGGCUGAUUUGAAAGUUCAACUCUAUGCCAAAUUUGGAAAUAAUAUAAACCUUGAAGCAGAUGAGAGUUGAAGCCUCUGCUGUAUCAACAACUUAGGUUCCUGUCAGAAAUGAACUUGUCAUGCAAAAAAAAAUAAAGAAAAAAAUUUAGCCAAUUCUCCAGAUCACAAAUGACUUUUUUCUUAGUGUGGAUAGCAAGACCUUGCCAAAAAAAAAAAAAAAAAAAAGGUUCUACCAUGUUCUUUGUUUUAUUGUUUAAUUUUUCCCCUUUCCCCUCUUUUAAUUUUUGUUACGGUUACAUGCUUCGUUAUUUAUUUUUUUGCACGUACCCUGCAGAGCACACAGCAACGAUAACUGGUGUGCUUCUUAGUAAGCAAAAAUAAAUUCUAAUAAAGGUCUUUAUAAUAGUU